CGGCCAGCCAGUUCCUCUGCCGUUAAAAAUAUAUAAACCUCGCAGCGUUUUAGUCGUUUUACUUUUUUUUCCAAUAUCAAUUCUCAUCCUCUUAGCUCUUCAGCUUCCAUCACUUUAUUCCCAUCCAUUAUGACGCCAAAAUGCUAUGCUUGCUCGGUGGAUAUUGUUCUACCUAUAUAUCAUGGAUGUCCAAGUUGUAAACGGUGGCAGCUGGCGUAUUGUGAACAUUGCAAUGUUUAUAGCCACUGCACCAAUUGUGCCUUCACAGAAGAGCAUGAGCGACGAUCCCGAGAACGGGAACUACGAUUUGCUACAUAUCUGCGCCCAACCGUCUUAUAAAUCCUUGGCAAAAAAAAAAAAAAAUUAUCCCUAUCAAGCAUUCAUACAACCCCAUCGUCUUCCUCAGCGUUUUCCUUCCACUAGAAAUGACACUCAUAACCAUCAGCGCUAACACCACGUCAUCUAAAUUAAGCCUCUAUAACAAAAAUCAUCCGCAUUACAUGAUAUCAAUUGAAGUAAAAUAAAAAAAAUGGAAUACACUAGCAUUGCCUCCCAUAUCUUG